GAUAAAAAAUCAUUGAUCAAAUCCAAUUCAAACCACACUAAGCGCACUGUUCAACUUCACAUGUUCCUCAGUUCCUUUUUUAUUGAAAAAUUGAACCAUCCUCUUUCAUUUUUUCGGUCAUUUGUUCGGAUAAAAUCCGUUUCUUUCUCUUGUAUGAAUUUGUUGUCACUGAACAGAAACAGUGUGUGAAUAUUGGAAAUCUGGGAAUCACUCCAAAUUAUGGAUUAGGGGAUAAAUCGGCUCAACGGGCUUCGAGAAGUAUGGAAAAUCAAGUGCAAUUGUAGUCAUAAGUUCCCGGUUUGAAACCAACCAGUCAGUCUACUUGAAUUUUGUUUUAGACAGUAGAUGUUAUCUUCGUAGCAGUAGAAAUGGGGGAAAAGGAAGGAUCUGGUUCUGGGAAUUUGAAGUUGUCUCGGCCUACAGUUGCUGAGAAAUUCUGGGAUGGCUCCCUUAAGCUUAAUUCUUCUGUAACUGUGUCGGUCGUUGCCUUCUUCAAAAGUGGUGAGAAGAUGCCUGAUAUCAAGUGGUCUGAACUUGUAGAAGUCAAAGGAAAAGUUAGAUUAGAGGCUUUUGAGAAAUAUAUUCAAGAGCUUGCUCGCUCACGCAAUAGAGGAUUGAUGGUAGUGUCACUCUGCUGGAAAGAAGGGUCUUCUAGAUCAGGACUGGUAGGUUUGAAUGAGAUUGCCAAAGGGUACAAGAAAGGGGAAAGAGUGGGGUUUGCUCAACUCUCACCUGGUAUCGAUCUUUACAUAUGUCCUCGCAGUGAUGCCAUUAUCACCAUACUUGCAAAACAUGGAUUCUUCAAGGGCAUGGCUGCUGUUGAAGACAAGAAAAAUUCAUUAAUUGGUUGUGUUGUUUGGAGAAGAAAUCAUGGACUUUCAAGUUCUGUCACAAAGAAGCUUGAAAAAAAGCAUUCUUCUUCAACAGAGCAGCCCCUGAGUUCCCAAUCUGAUGAAAAGGUUUCCGCAAAGGACUUACCUUGCACUCAAUCUGCUAAAGAAUCACCCCGAAUAACAUGCACAAGCAUUGAGAGUGCUGUAAUUAAUAGAAAUGAAGGUGACAAUGCGGGGAGUAGUGACAGCCAACUGAAACUGCAUACUUCUCCUGCCAGUGCUGAUCUCCCGCUUAAGACUUCAGCAUUGAGCCACUUAUCAGGUAUUUCACUAGGACUUCAAACAUCAUCCUAUUCUGAUUCUGUCCCUUCCUUAAGGCCCAAGGGGCAGUCUUCUCUAAAUGAAAUGCCUCAUGUAGAUACCUCAGGACCGGAGGAAACUAAAUCUGUUUUGGGACAUCAAAAUCCUGUAAUAUCUCUGCCAUCAGUUAUUAUAAAAGAGCUUCCUGCUAUUGAUGAUGAUGAUCUUCCAGAAUUUGAUUUUGGGGCUGAGUGUGGCAUAUCUAAAACUCCAAGAAGCAAGGUUUUCGAUACAGCAGUGUUUGACAAGAAUGUUGUGGUUGAAGGAUUAAAGAAAGUUGUUGUGUCAGUGCCAUUGAUUUCACCAACUAUACAGUCACUACCCGCUCGGUGUAAAAGGCGAGCAGAAGAUAUCCUUUCUCCUCAGUUUGCAUUCAAUAGUAGUCUCAACUUGCCUCCAGGAAAUAAAGCUUGUAAACUUGAUCCAGUUCUACAAGCAAAACAUACUGUCAAAAGCAGCUCAGUCUUCACACCUGUUAUCACUAGUAUCGUUGCACCACAAAAGAAUAUUUUCGAUGAUGAUGAUGAUGAUGAUGACAUGCCUGAAUGGUGUCCACCGAAUGUAAAGCACACAUUUCUUGAAUCAGCAAUGGUAGCAAGAACUUCUAUCCAUCCUACUUUAUCAAACUCAAAGUUAGUAUGUUCAUUUCCAGGUCAGCCAAGUCCCAAAUUCCCUUCUUCAGCUUGUCAAUUGCCUCCUCUCCAAAGAUCCAUUUAUGCAAAUCAGUCUCCAAUGACUGCCUCUGCAGAACCACCACAACCAAGACAAACUGAUAGAUACCUACAAAGGGCUCCAAGUUCUUUGAUGGGGUCCAAUUCCAGCCAUCUUUUGAGGCCACCUAUCCACCCUCCUCAAUGGAAGGGCAAGGGGAGGUGAAACCAGCAAACUGUUAAAAUAUGUGAGAUAGUUAAAGCACUGUAUAGAGCUUGCUUCAAAAGGGGAUGGAUGAUGACUUCAAAGAAGCUAUAAGCUAAAGAGUACUAUGGAUUUGGAAAUAAACUAUUUGGUUAAUGGGGCUUCACUAGACAGCACAGUUUUCCAACUUCUGUUUGUCAGGUUUUCUCCAUUAGAUUUAAAUGUGGUUUUUCAAUAUUUUUAUCAUAAAUCUCUCUUCAGUUGAAGUAAAGACCUCCCUAAUCUAUGGUAGAACUGUCUAAGGUGACACUUUGACCCUUUAUAAGAUGCUGAAAUUUACAUUA